CUUAUUCUGUUCUCCUCUAAACAAGCACACACUCACUCACUCUGCUAAAGACUGUGCUUCCGGCAUCGCUCCUCCUUAGUGCGCAGGUGCGACACAGUGCAGAUUAAGGGGUUUAUGACUGGGAACAGACGCAUGUGCACAAGUCAGAGUGAGUGGUGAAAGCAGCAUCAGCUCGCAACAGUCAGUUCCAGAGGGUGUGAGGAUGGAGGUCCGACCUGAGCGCUUUAAAGGAGAAGCGGCCAAAGUGCUGGCCAGGAUCCACCGUGUGUUAGAAAAGCAUCAGGAGGAGGAUGGAGGGAUUGAGCUGUGUGAUGGAGGAGUGCAGGUGGAGGAGAAGGUGGACCCCUUGGUAGACUGCACCUGUUUUGGUUUGCCUCGGCACUACAUCAUGGCCAUCCUGUGUGGUAUGGGCUUCUGCAUCUCCUUUGGCAAAUGUAACCUGGGAGUGGCAGUAGUAAGCAUGGUGAAUGAGCACACUACCUACAGGGGUAAUAAGGAUAUCAGUACGAGAGCUCAGUUUCUGUGGGAUCCAGAGAUUGUAGGUUUAAUUCAUGGCUCAUUUUUUGGGGGUUACAUUGUCACUCAGAUUCCUGGAGGCUUCAUCUGCCAGAAAUUUGCAGCCAAGAGAGUGUUUGGUUUUGCGAUUAUUGCGACAUCGACAUUGAACAUGCUGAUUCCAUCAGCAGCUCGUAUUCACUAUGGCUGUGUGAUUGUAGUGAGAGUGCUGCAGGGACUGGUGGAGCAUGUGGACUUUACAAUAAGAGGAGCAAACAUGCUGGAUAUGGUUUACGCAAACAUCCCCUGUGCGUAUCGUUUGGAGCCCCGCUCCCACCUCGGCUACUCAGACCACAUCUCUGUUAUGCUAAUUCCAGAAUACAGACCGCUCAUCAGACGCUCUAAACCGGUUCUGAAACAGGUGAAAACCUGGCCAGCUGGAGCCCCUGUUGUUCAGGACUGUUUUGAGUGCACUGACUGGGACAUGUUUAGGGAGGCUGCAACCAACGGCAAUUUCAACAUCAUCAGUGACCAGCUACACCAGCAAGUGCAUUGAUAACCCGAUCACCUCCAAGACCAUCACCACAUGCCAUCCAACCAGAAGCCGUGGAUGACCGAAAGGUGCGUGUGCUGCUAAAAUCUGGUUCAACCAAGCUGAUCCCAUGCCUUCUAUUAAUAUUUCC